AUGCAAUCAUUUUUAUUAAAAACGGUAUGCUGUAUACUGAUUAUCAACGUAACAUUCUGUAGCAGUUGCUUUAGGUCGGUAUGCAAAGCUCGUUGUUACUUCAGACACAAAGGAUUCGACUUCGGUUACUGUGAAAAAGGAAUCUGCAAGUGUGCACCACCGGUGAUCUACGUGUUCAAUGGCAUUGGUCGCGAUUUGAGUGACGAAUAUAUAGACAAUUCAUUGGGAAAUAACAAUGUUAUCCAAAAUUCGAUACCAAUACCAAUGACUUCAGCAUCGGAUGCUUCAGAUGAAAAUAAGAAAAAUAAGAUUUGGAAAGAUAUCGUUGGUAAAAUCAUCAGUAAAAAUCCGUUUAUUAAAGAAGAGAAUCUUAAGGAUCUAAAAGCAAAAAUCUUUAAUAAUUUGUCAGACUUAAAAACCUUUGAUAAAUAUCUUCGGAAUCCAUUAGAAACAGCGUUAAAUGAAAUGAAAAAUAAUAUCCCAAGUACGUCUAAAGAAUGUAAUGAUAUUUUAAAUAUUUUGCUACAACAGCAAAAGAAAAAUGGUGAAGAAAACCUAAACUCUAAAACUUCCCCUAUUCUUAAUGGAGAUCCAAAUCGAAAGCCGCCCCAAGGUACUACACCAUCACCACGAAUUGUGCCAACACCACAAAUUGUGCCAACACCACAAAUUGCACCAUCGCCACAAACGACACCUAAGACAAAGAACAAAUUAAUAGCGUCUUCGCCUCGAAAUUUAAUACCUAAAACAAUACCAGUGAAUAGCAUAGCAGGUGCUAAUCCGAAUGUACAAAAGACAAACAUUAAUAAAGUACGACCAAAACUUAAAACUAAACAAACACCAAACCAAGAGGAUAAAAAAAAUGAAGAAAUCCUUCUUGAGCUAUCAGAUGAAUCAUAUGAAGAUGACGAUAGUAAGGAACAAUCUGACGAAAAUAUUAAUCAAAACAGUCCAGUAAAACCUCUUACUCCAAAUGAUAAAGCUGGCGAUAACUCUGUUCCUAUCAAAAAUGAAAAACUUGGCGAUGAUUCAUCGUAUGAAUCAGGAUCUGGAUCAUACGAGUCGUCCGAGGAAGAUAAUGCUAAUAAAGUGGUUAAUGCUGUACCUACUUCAAAUAAAUAA